CCCGACCCCGGACCUCGGCCGCGGAAUUGAAGAUCUGUUGAAAAACUUUAAAGACCGUAAAAUUCGAUGACCAAAAUGGAUAUUCGGGGGGCCGUGGAUGCUGCUGUUCCAACCAACAUAAUUGCUGCCAAGGCUGCAGAAGUCCGAGCGAACAAAGUGAACUGGCAGUCCUAUCUUCAGGGGCAGAUGAUUUCCUCCGAAGACUGUGAAUUCAUUCAAAGAUUUGAAAUGAAGAGAAGUCCCGAGGAGAAGCAGGAGAUGCUUCAGACUGAAGGCAGUCAGUGUGCGAAAACGUUUAUCAAUCUGAUGACGCACAUCUCCAAAGAGCAGACAGUCCAGUACAUCCUAACUAUGGUUGAUGAUAUGCUGCAGGAAAACCACCAGCGUGUUAGCAUUUUCUUUGACUAUGCUAAACGGAGCAAGAACACCGCCUGGUCCUACUUUCUGCCAAUGCUGAAUCGCCAGGACCUCUUUACUGUUCACAUGGCAGCAAGAAUCAUUGCCAAGUUAGCAGCUUGGGGAAAAGAACUGAUGGAAGGCAGUGACUUAAAUUACUAUUUCAACUGGAUAAAAACUCAGCUGAGUUCGCAGAAACUGCGUGGUAGCGGUGUCGCUGUUGAAACAGGAACAGCCUCUUCAAGUGAUAGCUCCCAGCACGUGCAGUGCGUGGCCGGCUGUCUGCAGCUGAUGCUUCGGGUCAACGAGUACCGCUUUGCCUGGGUGGAAGCAGACGGGGUAAACUGCAUCAUGGGAGUUUUGAGCAACAAGUGUGGCUUUCAGCUGCAGUAUCAGAUGAUCUUUUCAGUGUGGCUCCUGGCGUUCAGCCCUCAGAUGUGCGAACACCUGCGGCGCUACAACGUCAUCCCUGUGCUGUCCGACAUCCUCCAGGAGUCCGUCAAAGAGAAGGUGACCAGAAUCAUCCUGGCCGCGUUCCGCAACUUCUUAGAAAAGUCAACUGAAAGAGAAACUCGCCAAGAGUACGCUCUGGCUAUGAUUCAGUGCAAAGUUCUGAAGCAGUUGGAGAACUUGGAACAGCAGAAGUACGAUGAUGAGGACAUCAGUGAGGAUAUAAAAUUCCUUUUGGAGAAACUUGGUGAGAGUGUCCAAGACCUUAGCUCAUUUGAUGAAUAUAGUUCAGAACUUAAGUCUGGAAGAUUGGAAUGGAGUCCUGUGCACAAAUCUGAGAAGUUUUGGAGAGAAAAUGCUGUGAGAUUAAAUGAGAAGAAUUAUGAGCUCUUGAAGAUUUUGACGAAACUUCUGGAAGUGUCUGACGACCCGCAAGUCUUGGCAGUUGCCGCUCACGACGUGGGGGAGUACGUGCGGCAUUACCCCCGCGGCAAGCGGGUCAUCGAGCUGCUGGGCGGCAAGCAGCUGGUGAUGAACCACAUGCACCACGAGGACCAGCAGGUCCGCUACAACGCGCUCCUGGCCGUGCAGAAGCUCAUGGUGCACAACUGGGAAUACCUCGGUAAACAGCUCCAGUCUGAACAACCGCAGACCGCGGCCGCCCGGAGCUGAGCGGGCCUCCAGCCUCGGGGUCUCCCGCCUCCCUUCCAGGGGACCGACGGCCUGGAGUGAGGGUCUCAGCAGUGAGGGUCAGGAACAAACAAUUUCUCAUUUUAGCGUCCUUUUCUUCUCUUGUGUAGCUCUUCCCCAUGCUGAUUCCCGAUAAAAGGAUUUGCCCGUUAAGUUGUAUUAAAGUAGAUGCUUUCUGUACCUAAGGAAAAUACUACUGUUACAUGUACUGCUUGUCAUUUCUCUAUUUAUUGUUCUCUGGAAAUGAAUAUAGUUAUUAAAGGAUUCUCACUCCAAA